CAACAGCAGCAUCAGACAAGAGGAAACCCAAUGAUGGAAGAAUUUGAAGACAGUGAUGCUCCUGCUGGGGAUCUGACUCAAUGCAACACCUGUAGCAGAUAUUUCUUCCCUAAAGUCCUGGAGAAGCAUGCUAAAAUCUGCCAAAAGUCAGCAAUCAAAAGGAGGAAGAUUUUUGACUCGAGUCGACAGAGAGCUGAGGGUACGGACAUCCCCACGCUCAAACUCCUCAAACCAAAGUCACAAAGUUCAUCUUCCACUGGGAAAGCAGAACCUCCGAAGAAGCCGUCCAACUGGCGCAAGAAACAUGAGGACUUCAUCGCUGCCAUCCGGGCUGCCAAGGUCGUCGAUCAGGUCCUGAAGGAAGGCGGACCAUUACCCCCACCUCCUCCUCCGAGCUAUGACCCAGACUAUGUCCAGUGCCCUUUCUGUGACCGGAGGUUCAACCAGGGUGCAGCGGACAGACACAUCAAGUUCUGCCAGGAGCAGGCUGCCCGAAUGCCCACCAAGGGCAAGUUAGGAGAUGUCAAGAAGCCUCCUGGUCGCACACCGCCUCCUGCUUCUGUAAAGAAAGCCAUCCCUCCUGCGCUGUCAUCCAUCCCUUCAGCCACCUCUCGUUUACCCCAGAGAUCCGGCCUUGGACAGCCUUCUGGGAUCCCAUCAAGUAAGGCCUCUUCUGCGGGUUCAGUGAGAAGUAAUCUCUCUGGCAUCACAAGCCCUCCAUCAGGUGUGGGAGGUAAGACCCAAGCUGCGGGCUCUGGCUAUGGCUCUAUCAGGAGCCCUCAGUCGGGAACAGCAAUCAGCAAGAAGAAAGUAGACACCCAGAUAUCUAGGAAUGUUGUCCAAGACGGAGUUGGCACCGGUGGGAUGAAGAGCACGUUGUGUCAUUCUUGUGGGACCCAGUACCCGGUUCAAUCCGCCAAAUUCUGCUGCGAAUGUGGGGUCAAGAAGAUGUUUCUCUGACGGAGGUCAAGAGAGGGAGAAACUAGAAACACACUGGUAUUCAAACGAGCAUUGGAGAGGUUCCAUAAAGCUAAUCCGCCUGUAUUUUCUUGCUUGUGGGUCUAAUUUCACGGCAGUAAAUUGGUGUAAUCGUCGGCAGACAACCUUUGCGGUCGGCAUUUUCCUUUCUCGUGGCCGUCUACCCUUCAUGGAGUUUGCUGGUCCAUGUCACAUUAUUCAAAUUUUGUAAGUACUUCCUGCUUCAUCGUAAACCAUUUUUGAUUCGUACACAUUCUGCCAUUUUCGUAACAAAUAUAAUAUCCAUAAUCUACAAUACUUUUUGCAUUUAGUCACUACGAUUACUGCGGCAGUGGCAAAACUGAUCUGGUCUAAAUUUGUGUUAAACUGCGUUACGGUUGAUGAUAUUAGCUGAUGUGGCUCAUGAUACAGGAACAACCAACGCAGCUCAUUAUUUUCAGUUGACCUCCUUCUUACUGCUGGUGCAGCGUCAACCCGCUCAUACACAUCAACAUUAUUGCCGUGAAACUAGAGGGAUUAGCGUCUGGGAAUGAGAGAUGAAACUGUUUGGGUCAUGCGACUGAAGUAUUAUUACAUCGUCAUUUUAUUGUCGCUACAAUAAUUAAGUUCAGCAGAGUUACUAUCAGCAACUGAAAUCCAUUAUUGCAUCCUUAAGAGAUGAGGAAGAGAGGAGCUAAAAGCAAAGGUUGAAAAAUGUGACUGAGGAGUUAAAGGACUCGUGUUGGGUGACUCGAGGGAGGGAGGGAGGGUGUGAUUGCCCCUGUUUCUCAAUCCCCAGUCAACUGUGACCUGAAAUGCAUUCCUUAAUCCCAUUUGCCUCGGCUUGCACAAAAACUAAAUAUGUUCCAUUCGAAGUGCAAUACGAUGACUACUAUAGAAAAAUAAUGUGGUUUUCAAAAAGAAAUGUGUUGUAUAAUUGGAAAGAUAUCCCGAUGUUUCAACAGGGACCAAUCCAAAAAUGAAAGGUCAGUGCUCCCUUGAAGGUCACUUUUCAGGCUACGUUGUUUCCAGCUAUCUUAAUGUUACCCUCACAAGUCUGACUUUUCUAGACAAAUGUGGUACGAACUCCAACCCGUUUAAUACAAUGCAAUUACUUAUUUAUUUUUCUCAUGACCGUUUGAUUUUACUGAAUGAACAAUGACUGCAUCUCUUUUAUUAAUGCUCUAUGGAAUUAAAAUGUUUUUCUCUGGAGUUGUAUGAAACCUAACUGUACCUGGAUGUGUUGCAGUUGUUUUUUUAUCCCCUGAUGGUGUUUCUAUUCCGUCAGUAUUCCGUGUAUUUCGGGUCACUAGUACAGCAACACGACAGUCAUAAAAAAAUUCCCUGGAUGGGUAUAGUUUAUCUCGUACCUUGAUAUGACCGACACUAUUUAUGACCCCACACAGUUCAUUUACAGGUGGGACGAAGGAAAGGCCUCUUCUCCUGGUGCAUAAUGUUCCUUAACUGCCACACUCUUAAGAGUGAUUAAGUAUGAUCAUCUAUGAAUCCUUAGUUAGUUUCAAUAAGUUAAAUGACAAUAAAUAUUUAAACCGACUGGA